GAAGUAUCUGAAGUUCCUUGCAUCACAAGCGAAGAUCCUGACCGCAAUCAAAUCUACAACUUAGAGUUAAAUCUGGAAUCGAUAUCUAAGACGGAACCCAAAAUGUCUUCUUCCCAUCGAUCUUCAUCUAGCAAGGGAAAAAGCUCUUCUUCUGGGAAGUCAAAGCCAAAGCAAGACGAUUGGUCUGGUAUCACAGAUCCAGAAGAGCGAAGAAGGGUGCAGAAUAGGUUAGCACAGAGAAAGUUCCGUGAUAAGACUAAGGCCGACAAAGAGCGUCAGGACCGAGAUGAUGAGAACCGUGCCCACGCAGGCCAUUCUUAUCACACAGCUGACUCGAAUGAUGUAUACUAUGACACUGCCGACGCCGGUGGCUCUCCAUGGGGCUCUGUCUCUAUGAAGCAUGUUGUUUCGAAAGGCAGAGCUCAAGAGGAUGCAUCUAGACACGGGUCUCGGCCAGACGACGAGGCAAGCUAUUAUGGAAACCCCGACGCAGCCUAUGAAGCGGAAGGUUAUUACAGAGAAGAAGCGGCUUCCUAUGAGGAUGAUCGAGCCUAUUACGAUUAUGGGAGUGCAGCUGGCAGUGGUAGCGGAACUUCAGGUUAUUGAUCAAACCAAUAUGACUCAACUGGUCACUGGGUAAAAGUCACGACGGUGUGCGACCCGGAACGACCUAAUUAUAUUUCAUGACCUCGAAGGAUUUUCAGGCUGCUUUUGUAGCCUGAGUCACUCGCUGUAUGAAAUUCUUAGACCUUUUCUAUUUAUUCUCCACCUUCAUUGAAGAGCUCAUCUUUAUCGAUACACCCGGCGGACAAGCAACGAAAAGGAGGAUAGAUUUAACGACACCAUUCCUCGAUCUCAUGACAUUUACGCAAUUUGUUACUACCUUUCUUUCAUUUCAGUUUCAGCUUUUUCCUUUCCGGCAGAAAUUAAUUGAUGCCUGUUUUCAUGUAAUACCA